AUUUUGCCCAUGGAUGACGAAACUCCCGGUUGGUUCACACUACAAGACGGUGUCUUGAAGAUUUGGGAAGGCGUGUGCGUUUUGAUCAUGGAUGAAGAGAUUCGACUUUAUAAAGUCAGAAAUGGAAACAUGUUCAAUAUAGCUUUGGAAACUUCCAACCUCAAAAAGGUCUCAUCCGACGGUUACUGGAGUUGUGUAGAAAUACUGGGAACACUGGAACCAGGGCAUUGUCUACUUUUCUACCAUGCUGAAACACCUGACAAUGCUAAAAUCAUGCUAAAGAACAUAUCAAAGUCCACUGGCAAACGAUUUUCAUCACUAUCAAUUCGGCUUGAUCCGGACCCACUACGAAAUCGGAACACAAAAGAAAUUUCGAAGCGAAUCUCCUUGUGGUCCCAACUCGGAAGGCACUUCUUCAAGGAUUUUCGUCUCGUUCUUGAUGCAAACAUGCCCUUGUAA